AGAGGGGGUCCAGCUCGGCCUUAUCCAGAUGCGUCGAGGAGCGGCCUUAGUCGCAGGGAUUAUGUGCUUCCCUCGAUACUUGCCUCGAGCCCUCUGUUUCGAGGACUGUGUCGGGGUUUUGUCGCACUCUUGCUCUCUUUUCAAUUUUGUUUUCUCGCCUCUUGUUUACUUUUCCGAGAUGGCUGUCGCGAAUAUGACUAUGGCCGUGACGUGCCCGCGCUUUGUCGCUGUUACGGGACGCGCUGAGACCAAUUUGAGGUCUAAUGGUGUGGCAUUGAGCUUGGCAGAGCUUGUUGCAGCUUCUUCGUCGUCGAUGAGCUGCACGUUUUCGGAAUUCUCGCUUGGGAGCAAGCGUGGUGGUCUGAGUGGCGGAACUAUAACCAGGGCGUCUGACUUGGAGAAGGAAUUGGAGCAGCAACUUUAUACGAGUAUUACGGAUGAGAUGAUGGGAAGCGCGUCGAGUGCUGAUGAGGGCGUGUUUGGGAACGAUGGUAUUGCGUCACCUGGGAUGGAGGUUUCUGCUGGUAGUGGUGAGGAUGAUGUUGCAGCUCCGGUUGCGGAGGAACAGCUAGGGUCGAAGGUUUAUGUUGGGAACUUGCCGUGGACUUGCGAUAGCGCGCAGCUCGCGGAAAUUUGCAGUCAACACGGUACUGUAGAUGUGGUGGAAGUCAUUUAUGAUAAAUUGUCGGGGAGGAGCCGAGGGUUUGCUUUUGUAACCAUGGCGAGCCACGACGAUGCCCAAGCUUUGAUUAAUGCGCUUGACGGGAGUGAUAUGGGAGGGAGGGCCUUGAAGGUUAACUUCCCCCAGUCGCAGAAGGACAAGCCUCGUUUUGAGAAGUCUGAAGCCAGGCCUCCUACUGCCGACCGCAGGCCGAGGGAUGACCCGAACAAGUUGUUUGUUGGCAACAUUCCCUGGGGAUGCGAUGAAGCUGCUAUGACUUCUCUGUUCUCUCCUUACGGUUCAGUUGUGGAUGCUAAGAUUGUGUACGACAGGGAUUCGGGAAGGUCCCGUGGAUUUGGAUUCGUGACUAUGGAAAAAGUAGGUGAUGCACAAACCGCUAUGGAGAACCUUGAUGGCACUGAGCUUGAUGGACGGGAGUUGCGAGUCAACUUUGCUGGAGAAAAGCCCCCAUCCAGCAACUAUGAGGCGUCCUCUCCCAGGUCAGAGAGACCCAGCGGUGGAGAUCGCAAGUCGAGAGAUGGUCCGAACAAGCUCUUCGUUGGAAACCUCUCCUGGGGAUGCGACGAAACAGCCUUGGAAUCUCUAUUUUCAGAUUACGGGAGGGUUGUUGAAGCCAGAAUUGCUUACGAUAAGGAUUCUGGAAGGUCACGAGGAUUCGGAUUCGUGACGUUGUCGAAUGAAACUGAGGUAAAUACUGCAAUUGAGAACCUUGAUGGCGCGGAAUUUGACGCAAGGCAAUUGAGAGUGAACUUGGCUGGAGACAAGCCCGCACCCAGGUAUUGAGAGUAGGGACUCGGAUCUGCAGUUGUACAUGCUCUUGCGGCAUCGUUCAUUUUUGUUUGUAGGGAACAAAGUAAAAUUACCUGGCUUUGUUGUAUGGAUUAGAUUAGAUAUAUGAGAAACAGUAGUUUGGGAAUUUUUGGGGUUGGAGUCGGCAGACACGAAGAGUUCCUGGAUUCUUGGGUGGAUACACAUGAGCGCAGUUAAGCAACUUCAGAUGCAAUUUGUCAAUUAUGUUGCCCCUCGAAGUUUUUCAACUGCUGUGGACUGUUUCAGCUUUGAUCAAGUCGCUUUGUCUCAUUUUA